CGCGGCUGGAGGCGGUUCCGUUCCCUGUUCCUCGGGCGCGCAGCGGCUCCGACCUGCGCCGGGACGUGGUCGCUGGCAGUUCCCCAUCCCCGCUGUUUCCUAUCCUCGCUCCGCUCCAGCAUGGCUUUCGCUAAUUUCCGCCGCAUCCUGCGCCUUUCCACCUUCGAGAAGCGGCGGUCCAAGGAGUACGAGCACGUCCGCCGCGACCUGGACCCCGGCGAGGUGUGGGAGGUGCUGGGGGAGCUGGGCGACGGAGCCUUCGGCAAGGUCUACAAGGCUAAGAACAAGGAAACCGGUGCUUUAGCGGCUGCCAAAGUCAUUGAAACAAAGAGUGAAGAUGAACUGGAGGAUUACAUGGUGGAGAUUGAAAUACUGGCAACAUGUGAUCACCGGCACAUCGUCAAGCUGCUGGGAGCCUUUUAUUGGGAUGGCAAGCUCUGGAUCAUGAUUGAGUUCUGCCCAGGCGGGGCAGUGGAUGCCACUAUGUUGGAGCUGGACCGGGGCCUGACCGAACCUCAGAUUCAAGUGAUUUGCCGCCAGAUGUUGGAAGCUCUCCAUUACCUCCACAGCAAGAAGAUCAUUCACCGUGACCUGAAGGCAGGCAACGUGCUCCUCACCCAGGAUGGGGACAUCAAGCUCGCUGACUUUGGAGUGUCUGCCAGAAACAUGAAAACCUUGCAGAAGCGAGACUCCUUCAUUGGCACCCCUUACUGGAUGGCCCCGGAGGUGGUGAUGUGCGAGACCAUGAAGGACACUCCGUAUGACUACAAGGCAGACAUCUGGUCCCUGGGAAUCACACUGAUUGAAAUGGCCCAGAUCGAGCCGCCCCAUCAUGAGCUCAACCCCAUGAGAGUCCUGCUGAAGAUUGCCAAGUCCGACCCCCCCACGCUCAGCUGCCCUUCCAAAUGGUCCCUGGAGUUCAGAGACUUCCUGAAGAAGGCGCUGGACAAGAACCCGGAGACCCGGCCAAGUGCUGCCCAGCUGCUGGAGCAUCCCUUCGUCAGCAAGGUGACCAGCAACCGGGCCUUGCGUGAGCUGGUGGCCGAGGCCAAGGCUGAGGUGAUGGAAGAGAUUGAGGACAGUCGGGAUGAAGCAGAAGAAGAUGACUCAUUGGAGUCUGCCUCGCCCCCUGGUAAGCACAAGCGGGACCCCUCUGAGGCAAGUCAGCUGAGUUUUGAUGGGGAGAAGCCUCCAGACUCUCCCUUGCCCAAGGCAGUGAACGGGCCUGUGGGGACGGACAAGGAGAUCGCAGAUGGACAUAGUGAUAAAGUCUCACGUGAAAGGAUAAGCAGUGACAAUGACAAGCUGGAGAGCAACCACUCCACAAAAGCCCUUGCCAGCUCUGCCACCUCGGCCACCCAGGGCAAGCCAGACAUCAUCUUGCAGCCUGGACGGCUGAGUGACUCAAUGGAAGGGGAGAAGCAGUCUGGACCAGGCAGCAAGGAGCAGAAGAGCAUUGUGGAGCGACCGGAGAGCAGCCACCUGGAGAACUUCAUGGAGGAGAAGCUUGCCAAUGGGAGCUUGGAUUCCACAGCUCCGUUCCCUGGCAGCCGGUGCAAAGGGGAUUCGGAUUCUGGCAGCACUUCAGCCUCUGAAAGCAUGGACCUCACCAUCUCCCUGUCGGCUGACCUGUCCCUCAACAGGGAAAGUGGCUCCAUCUCCCUAAAGGAUUCCCAGAUGCACAAGAAGACGUUAAAGCGCACCCGCAAGUUUGUGGUGGAUGGAGUUGAAGUGAGCGUCACCACCUCGAAGAUCAUCAGCGAGGAUGAGAAGAAGGAUGAAGAGAUGAGAUUUCUCAGGCGCCAGGAGCUGCGGGAGCUGCGCCUCCUUCAGAAGGAGGAGCACCGAAACCAGGCCCAGCUCAACAGCAAACAUCAGCUGCAGCUGGAGCAGAUGUUCAGGCGCUUUGAGCAAGAAAUGAUGGCAAAGAAGAAGUUCUAUGACACUGAACUGGAAAACCUUGAACGGCAGCAGAAGCAGCAGAUUGAGAAGAUGGAACAAGAUCAUUCACUGCGCCGGCGGGAGGAGGCCAAGCGCAUUCGCCUGGAGCAGGAGCGGGACCAUGUGAAAUUCCUGGAACAGCUGAAGCAGAUGAAGAAGGAGGUCAAGAACGAGGUUGAGAAGCUGCCACGUCAACAGCGCAAAGGGAACAUGAAGGUGAAGAUGGAUGACUUUGCCCAGAAAAAACAAACCAUGGAGCAGGAAUUUUUGGCCAAGCAGAAGGAGGACCUGGAGCUAGCCAUGAAGAAUAUAACUGCCCAGAACAAGAGAGAGAUCUGCGACAAGGAACGCGAGUGCCUGAACAAAAAGCAGCAGCUCAUGAGAGACCGGGAGGCGUGCAUCUGGGAUCUUGAAGAGUUUCAGCAACAGGAGAAACACCAGCUCAUCAAGCAGCAGCUAAAAGACCAGUAUUUCCUCCAGAGGCAUGAAUUGCUCCGGAAGCAUGAGAAGGAAAGGGAGCAAAUGCAGCGGUACAACCAGCGCAUGUUGGAGCAGCUGAAAAUUCGGCAGCAGCAGGAGAAAGCUCGGCUCCCCAAAAUCCAGCGGAGCGAAGGAAAGACACGUAUGGCCAUGUACAAGAAGAGCCUUCACAUCCACUCCAGCGGGAGUGCAUCCGAACAGCGGGAGAAGAUAAAACAGUUUGCUCAGCAGGAAGAGAAGAGGCAAAAAGCAGAGCGGCUGCACCAGCAGCAGAAGCACGAGACACAGAUGAAGGACAUGAACGCUCAGUGCGAGGGCAACAUGAGCGAGCUCCAGCAGCUGCAGAAUGAGAAGUGUCACCUCUUGAUUGAGCACGAAACCCAGAAGCUUAAGUCCUUGGAUGAGAACCACAACCAGCACAUGAAGGAGUGGCGAGACAAGCUAAGGCCACGGAAGAAGGCCCUGGAGGAUGAGCUGAACCAGAAGAAGCGUGAGCAGGAGAUGUUCUUCAAGCUGAGUGAGGAGGCAAAUGGACGGACACCAGCAUCCCCAACUAAACACGCCAAGUUUGUCCCAUUCAGCUCUGCAGAGAGCUCGUAACAACCCGCAGCUGGCAGGCCACCGGCUGGUACUUGCUGUGUCUUCCUGGGCUGCAGAGGGGCAACUUGGACUUGGAAGAUCCCCUUGGCAGCCUUUUCUUACAAGAGCACCCUCCUGUCCCCUUGCUUUGUCUGGGAUAAAUGUGGCCUCUGUCCUGCUCUGGGGAUGCUGACUGGAAGUUUUGGUGGCUUUCCCAGGAGCUGGCCUGCUCAGCACAGCUCCAGGCUGGGAAGCCAUGGAGGACCCUUUCUGCAGGACCCUUUCUUGCACUGUUAACUGGAUGUGUUGCCUCUUACAUGAGCCUGGUGCUCACUGGGCUUGUCAGCUCAGACUGAAGCAAUAACUGCUCUGAAGAGGAGAAAUGGGAGAUAGCUCCUGGCCUCUGCACAGGGGUUAUCAGCCUCUCUCCACUGUGGCUGCUCCUCUUCCCAGUCCUCUGUAAAGACUAGUCUGGGGCAGAGCAGCUUUGGCGUUGCCUUAGGCUAACCUUGGCCUUGUGGUUCCUCAGCACUUGCCUUAGGUUUAUUUCUAUCUACUGUGGCCCUUUUUUUGCUCAAGAGAGAGACAGUGAUGUGGAUUUUUUUUGCCUUUGAGGAGGGAGGUUUGGGUUUUUUCUUUUCUCUUCCUCCCUGUACAGACUGUGCAGAAAGGGGACCAUCUGGACCUCCUUCCAAAGAUGCUUCUGCUUCUUCAUUUGCUAUAAUUGCUAGCACCAUAGUCCCUCUGGCACUUAGCUAACACUAUCUUAUCAGAGACUGGACUAUAGCAUAAUUAAACUGUUCAGCUGGCUGCAGGCUUUUGUCUCUUAAAGAAGUAUAUGUGUAUGUGCAGAGGGGGAGGUUUGUAACGGUGUUCAGUCCUGCGGUGACGCAGUGGGGUAUUGGCCAUAGUCAUGUGUCUUCUGGUAGGGACAAAUGAGGGGCCAAAGGGUGUUAUUGCCAGAGCACAUGAUCACACAUGUGCUUUUGAGAUACUUUAAGUGCUCUGUAUGUGUGGGCCAUGUGGGUCAGCCAGCCUGGCCACUCUGCAGUCAGGGUUAUGGGCUUACAAAGCAUCAUUUGGAAGGAAUAAAUGAGUCUUGAAACAAGGUGUGCAAAGGAAGAGGAGAUGCAAAGACAGGUCACGGUGGCUUGUUUACGCUCAGCAUCACCUUCUCCACUGAUGUCUCAUCUCUUUAAGAUGUGCUGCAGUUUCUCAGAUGAUUCUCCUGGCUUUCAGCUUGGAGCCACUUGGCAGAGUGGCGGCAGGUCCAGCCCUCUGUCCUUUCUGCUCCAUGGUGAUGUCUUGGUUGGGCUGCCAUCCUCCACCUGCACAAGGCAGUGCUUGGCUGAGCUGCUGGGUAGGACCCAGAGCACAGACCUGGGCUGGGGGGACAGAGACCUCUGUGGACAGCACCUUCUUCUUUACACCACCAGAAGGUGUAUGGUAGCACUGAAGUUUUUCCUCUCUGUUGGACAACUUUGGUUUAGGUCUGCUUCCUUAGCAAGAAAAAAAAUGUUUCUGCUUCAAAAAAAAAAAGAAAAAGAAAGGGAAAAAAAAGUUGUUAUUUUCAAGUCUCAUGUGUUGAUUUAGAGACAUACUGGCAUUUCAGGGGAAGCUGGUAUGUGAUGUGCUAUCUAGGUACCUAGCUGAAGGAGCCAGCCCCCAGGUCUUUUAACACCUCGUUAUCUGAGGAAUGUGUUUGCUACCCAUUUAGAGUUCAUAACACAUUUAUAAGCUUCCUGCAAACUAGCAAGACUACAUCCAUUGGGGCCAUUCCGAGUUUCUUCUGAAUCCACACCAUUAAUGUCUCUAUUAAUAAACAUAGCCUAUAUGGACAUCUAAGGGCUGGGACCCUUUGCAAGCAGACUGCAUAGCAGCUUUUCAGGAGCUAGCCUGUCCUCCUAGGAAGAUGCCUGUGCCAUCUCCAGAAGCAUGGACUGUGCCUUUUGGAUAGUUCCAGGUUGGGAGCUGAUGUAAAAUUAACAAAUGCAGAGGGUUGUUCCUGAACCAGGACAUGUGCUGGUUUGCGCCUUUUAGUUGCAUUAGGAAUGUGUUAGAGCAGCCCCAGUGGUUUUGUUCCUGGUCCCAUUGGGGUGAGGCCAGAGCUAUUUUAUGAAAUGGUUGUUGUCACAGAAACCAGUACCUGGUGCCUGUCCUUCAUGUGAUCUGACUGCCUUUACCAGCCCAGGGAGUGUCACCUCUCUCUGGGUACUGUGCAGCCAUAAGGAAAGGGACUAUACUGGGGGGCUCUUAAAGAGCUGAUGUGGUGCCUCUGUGGUGAAUCGGUUGUCCAUUUCUCCAGUCCCCCUUAUCUGCGGCCUGGAGCUAGCUACACAGUUCUGUUUUUGCUGACAGAGGGUGGGAAUGGUUUUGUCCUCUGCCAUUUCCCUAUUCUCUGUUCCCUCACUGGGUGUGCCAGGGCUCUAGCACCAUGUCCCUCUCCUAAAAGAGGGCAGGGGAGCACAUCUUCCAAUUGUCAUGUUUACAGGGUGGUUAUAUUUUUCCUCCCUUUAAAAAGAAGAUGUUUUUGUUGUUUCCUCUUCAGAAGGAACCAUGAAUAAACCCAACUUGUUUCUUAGGGGGGAUGGGAUGCCAUUUAAAAAAUAUGGCUUUGAAUAAAAAGGUUUUCUUAAUAUUUUUUUAAAGUGCCUCCUGUUGGGGCCAUCACUAUGAUGUAAAGACCCUUCUAAUAAAGUAACAGACUGAGAAACCUG